CUCUCCUCUCUCUCAUCCUUUCACUCUGUACCCAGGUCUGACACAGGCAGGAGCUGCAGUGCAGCCGUGUUACCCCCUCCUCCCCUUCCCCCCUCUAAGGGGCAUUUCCAUGCCUGCCUGAGCCUGGCACCGUACACCCAGGGGGACUCCCCCCCCACCCCCACCUAUGAGCUCCAGGAGAGGAGGGUGGCAGUGAAGAUGCCAACCCCAUGAGCAUGGUGUCCUCGGUGGCACAAUGACGGUUCCCUUACUGAAAAUCGGGGCCGUGCUCAGCACUAUGGCAAUGGUCACCAACUGGAUGUCACAGACAUUGCCAUCACUUGUGGGUCUGAAUGGCACCAGAGCCGGUAUCACCCCCCCCGGCAUCGCAGAGCAGACAACGGGAGUGAGGCCAAUGAAUCCUGAAGAUGGUUGGCAAAUUUACACAUCAGCGCAAGCGCCGGACGGCAAAUGUAUCUGCACCGUGGUGGCCCCUGCCCAGACCUCCUGCUCCAGAGACCCCCGGAGUCGGCAGCUAAGACAGCUGAUGGAAAAGGUGCAGAACAUCUCCCAGUCUAUGGAGGUCCUUGACCUACGAACAUUUCGAGAUCUGCAGUAUGUGCGCAACACCGAGUCCUUAAUGAAAGUCCUGGACACCAAGCUGAGGGCCACAGACAGCCAGAGAAGUAUUAAUGCUAAAAGCUUUCAGGAGCUAAAGGAUAAGAUGAAACAGCUGUUACCUUUGAUCCCGGUUCUUGACCAAUACAAGUCAGACACCAAGAUGAUUGUCCAGUUAAAAGAGGAGGUGAGGAACCUCUCCAACGUUCUACUGCUGAUCCAGGAGGAGAUGGGGGCCUAUGACUACGAGGAGCUGCAACAACGAGUCAUGAUUCUGGAGGCCCGCUUACAUGCCUGCAUGCAGAAGUUGGGCUGCGGCAAGCUCACCGGCGUCAGUAACCCAAUCACUAUACGUGCCUCGGGGUCGCGGUUUGGAGCUUGGAUGACGGAUACCAUGGCUCCCAGUUCAGAUAAUAGGGUUUGGUACAUGGAUGGUUACUUAAAAGGUCGAAGGGUCUUGGAAUACCGCAGUCUCAAUGACUUCAUCAAAGGCCAGAACUUCGUGCAACAUCUCCUCCCCCAUCCCUGGGCCGGCACCGGCCACGUGGUUUACAAUGGCUCGCUGUAUUACAACAAGUACCAGAGCAACAUUGUGGUGAAAUAUCACUUCCGUUCGCGUAGUGUCUCAGUCCAGAGGAACCUCAACAACGCUGGCUACAACAACACCUUCCCUUACUCCUGGGGCGGCUUCUCCGACAUUGACUUCAUGGUGGACGAAAACGGACUGUGGGCGGUUUACACGACCAAUCAGAAUGCGGGAAAUAUUGUGGUCAGCAAGCUGGACCCCCAGACGCUGGAGAUCCUCCAGACCUGGGACACCGGCUACCCGAAACGCAGCGCCGGAGAGUCCUUCAUGAUAUGCGGCACCCUCUACGUAACCAAUUCUCAUUUAGCAGGAGCCAAGAUCUACUUUGCAUAUUACACCAACUCAUCUACUUAUGAAUACACAGAUAUCCCGUUCCAUAAUCAGUAUUCACACAUAUCUAUGCUGGACUACAACCCACGAGAGAGAGUCCUCUACACCUGGAAUAAUGGUCAUCAAGUUCUCUAUAACGUCACUCUGUUCCAUGUUAUAAAGACUUCUGGGGAGUGAUGCGGACUGCAUAGGACGGUCAUCUCACCUUUCCUUGUUUCUUUCUUGGUUUCAUUCUUUUUACAGUCUGAGAAUAUCCGUUAUUUCUAUGAAACGCACAGAACACAAAAGACUUUCACGUGGUUGAGUGAGCAUGGUAUCAAAAAUAUCCUUUUUUUUUUUUCGGGUGGCAAAUAAAGACAGUAUUUGACAUGGGUAUUGUUUGGCCAGUGGUAUUUUGUUCCUUUUAUGUGAUGAAACGUAUCGGAAUAUUCAUAUAUAGUAUAGUGUGGUGAUGGUGAGCAGCCAGUCAACCUUCAGGGGCCUCAAAAAAAAGACCCAUAGCUGCUCCA